AUGCAGCUACCACAGUCACUGAGAAACAAGGGCAUAGCGCGUCCAUUGCAUUCGGAGGUCGCCCUGGACUUGAGGCUACCCGCGGUGGAGACACCUCAAUAUGAUACGGACCACGGACACUACAAGUUUGGCUACGACAUCGUCAACCACUACGGUGCCAGGAACGGACGCUGGGAGGCCGGAUCUGCUUACGGUCCAGUCGUCGGUUCUUACUACCUGGGUGACAUCGACGGUAGACACCGUACCGUUAACUACGUAGCAGACAAGCACGGCUUCCGCGCCGUCGUUAAGACCAACGAACCCGGCACCAAGACAAGUCUUCCUGCCGCUGCACCUUACGUAUCUGCUCACGGAAAGCACGUUCCUGCUUACGGCCACGGUGGUUACGGUCACGGAGGCUACGGUCACGGCGGCUAUGGUGGAUAUGGUCACGGAGGUUACGGUGGCUAUGGACACGGCGGUUAUGGUGGAUAUGGAGGAUACGGUCACGGAGGCUAUGGUGGUUAUGGUCAUGGAGGCUAUGGUGGUUAUGGUCAUGGAGGCUAUGGUCACGGAUUCUACGGUUAA